GGUUUUUGAGUAUCGCAUUCUGCUGCACACACACUCACAGAGCGAGCGGAAGAGAGAGAAACCUCCACCGUUGCAGAAAUGAAGACGAUCCUCUCAUCAGAGACCAUGGACAUCCCCGACGGCGUGAGCAUCAAGGUUCACGCCAAGGUGAUCGAGGUUGAAGGCCCACGCGGCAAGCUCGUCCGUGACUUCAAGCAUCUCAACCUCGAUUUCCAGCUCAUCACCGAUGAGAACGGCAAGAAGAAGCUCAAGAUCGAGGCCUGGUUCGCCACCCGCAAGACCUCCGCCGCCAUCCGCACCGCACUCAGCCAUGUUGACAACCUCAUCACCGGUGUCACCAAGGGGUACCGCUACAAGAUGAGGUUCGUCUAUGCCCAUUUUCCUAUCAAUGCUAGCAUCACCAAUGACAACAAAGCCAUCGAGAUCCGAAACUUUCUCGGCGAGAAGAAGGUCAGGAAAGUGGAUAUGCUUGAUGGAGUUUCCAUUCUGCGAUCUGAGAAGGUGAAGGAUGAGUUGGUUUUGGAUGGAAAUGACAUUGAGCUUGUUUCUAGGUCAUGUGCCCUUAUCAACCAGAAAUGCCAUGUCAAGAACAAGGAUAUCAGGAAGUUUCUUGAUGGUAUUUAUGUUAGUGAGAAGGGAACUGUAGUUGAAGAGUAGAUGGUGAAACUCAAAACAGGCAUAAUACUGUUUUUUAGUUUGAUUCAAGCUUCUCUUUUGUUUACAUUUUUAUGUGAUGAGUACUUGGAAACAGCUUUUAUUAGCUUCUUGAGAUUGGAUAUUACAGUUUUGUGUUAUGGAAGUUAUCUGUUUUGGGAUGA